AUGACGGAUAAUUUAAAGCGGAAAAACGAAAAUGCGCAGCAAGGAAGUGGGACUUUCAGCAAACGCCAGCGACGAGCGACUCGAGCACCUUUAGUAUUCGAGCAAGGUGUCAAUCCUGCGCCCCCUACACCGCCGCUGACUGCGAGGAAGCAGCGGCGCUCGCAGUACCGUCAGUCGCAGCAAAACGCUUAUAGCCGCGAUCGCAGCUCUACGCCAGCACCUGUCAGCCCGCUCUGCGAACCAACUGCCGAAUCGAGCCAGCUCGCUGUUGACGCACAAACUGAUAAUACAUUUGAGACAUUCGAGGACGAUAACGCGGAGGAGGAGGAGGAUCCAUUGCCAGAGGAGGAAGAGGCUGCUACAAUGGCUAGCGAGCAUGCUGCUAGUGCGACUGGAGACUCACCUGGUGUUGCUGCCGCUGCCGCUACCUCAGUGGCUUCUUCAAGCCAUUCGCAGCGUCAGUCAGCAGCUGCUACAGAGGAGGCUGACGAAGAGCCAAAGUUGCACUUUAGAUGGCGCGCUUGCUGGGGUUCUAUGGAGAAGAAUUUAAUACCUUCUGCUUCUCGGUUUGCGCGUAGCAAGCACAUGUAUACUGUAAGCGAUGAGAAGCUGUGGCGAUGGGCGGACGGAGUAGUUAAGAGUCAGAAGCCGCGAGGUGCAAAGAUUGAGAGUUUGACAGCGACGCUAUACUAUACUGGCGGCCGCCAAGCCAAAGGCGAUAGGUGUACUACCGCGCUGCAGCGUCGCCGUUUGGUAACUGGUGAAGAUCUCUGUUUCGGAAACUGGUCAGAGUUGAUAGCGUUAGUAGAAGAGAUGGACAAGGAGAGCUCGGAAAUGCUGAAGUGCGACUUUGACUUAGUGUUGAGCGAGGAGCAGCAGCAGCAGCCGGUGCCUCUAUCGGCAGAGCAGCCAGUCGGUAGAUCCACUGUUCGUGCACGUCCAGGCAUCGUUACUGCUAUACAAGAAGAGGGACUUGCUGGUGUUGUUACAGCUGAGCACUUUGCAAUUGGCUCUGCCAUAGAUAUUAAGGAUCACUGGAGAUGCCGCGAAGAAUGCUGCGGCAAUUACAGCUUUACCUGUUGCAUUCGGCGUGUGCCUGGCCGCCUUGAUCGCUUCGAGGAUCACUACAAAGUCAGCGGUAACCUCAUUGCAAGCUGGGCUCAGGGCAUUGAGCGCAAAGAGUGUACAGUCGAGCAACCUUCUGAUGAGAUUCGAUUGUCUAUCAUGCUAGCUAGAGACCGCGCUGAUGCUGAGAAGAAGCGCCGAAGGCGGAAGGUGUCACCAACGUCUUCAAACUCAAGCAUCGAAGGCCUUACAAAAGCUAUAUUAGCUGGUCAUCUUGCUCAAAUAACUGCUGCUUCAGCUCCUCGCUGUAAUCACCAUUCCGAGACGUUCACUUCCCGUCAAGUAUGGAUGGAUUUUGACUGCCCACAUCCUGAGUUAGCACAACAUACUUACAACUUUUUCAAAUUCUGGGAGCGCGCGAUGCCACAGUAUAAGGGAACUAUUAACGAGGUGAAAGAGAAGGUGUUUAAAGAAGGGAAGUACAAUAUUAACAUGCUGAUGGACGAGGAAAUACUCAAGCUCAACAGACCGGCCAAUAGGACUCCAUCCAUACUUGCGAUCACCAGUGCGCUCGUUGCAAGCACUCUCAUCUAUCGCGAUAACCUGCUCAACGGUGUAGUUCAGCUGUACCCGGGCUUGGAAAACUCGUCGGAGUGCAUCGCUCUGCUCUGCAGCUUUCUUUGUGGCGACUUUACGACUCCACUCCAUGCUUUGGAGCUCGCGAUGGAUGACGGAGAUGCUCACAGGCAUGUCGAAUUCAUCAAUAAACCAGUCUCUGAUCUCCUCGAGCGCGACAUCCAGUUUCACGAGAUUCUAUACAAGAACAACCUCAGGGAGCUUCUGUUGCCACUCAUUCCGGAUGCGGAUGAAGUUGCGAAGCUCAUUGCAGAUCCGGGUGGCCAAAGAUGGGGCGACAUGGCGCUGCAAAAACGACUGGAAUCCAGGUUGCACGAGUCGUAUCAAUCGUACCAGGACACUAUUACUGAGAUGAAUGAGAUCGCCGAAGAGCUUAAGAAAGAGUUGUGUUUCGAUAAAGAGACUGUGCAGGGCCAGCUCUCGCUGCCGGAAACGAACCGGCGGAGCUCCAGCCGAUCGCCAAGCCUUCAGCCAUAUGCAAGGCCUUCGAAGCUCUCCGCUGCCAAGGGCAGGUUGGACUAUGAGUUUUUUCGAACAAAGUUUAGUAUUGGAGAAAGGACUAGAGACGAGCUGUUCGGUCAACUCAAAGAAUGCAAUGAGCGUCUAGAGAAGCUCUUGAGCUCCAGUGACAGAGUUUCUGCACUCCAAGAUGUCGCGCCCGGGUAUACCAAGCAGACUUCUGAGCUGACGUCAGCAUUCAAGAAGAUUUCGAAGGAAUCAAGUUUGCUGUUUCAGGCGCUGCAGAACGCCUGGCAGUGCUCGUGUCAGCAGUACCACUUCGCGAACUUACGACUGGAGCAUCGGACACUCACAGAAUUAUGCUUCAAUAUCAUCCUCAUGUUUGUCGCUCCCUCGGAACACGGAAACACGCCAUGGCGCUGGAGAGAGUUUCGCUGCGGCCAUAUGCUGGGUUGUUUCUUUCAUCAGAAGGGGAUGAAAGCAGCCAGAUCCUCACCGCUUCAUCGCCGACCAGCUACCCUGCCCACACCAGCUACCAUACCAUCACCCUCAAUUUCGAACCGGAAAAGAGUGGGUUUCGUACCACCUGCGUCCAUUGUACCGAAGAUCCAAGUAGACCCUUUCAUCAAUCACAACAUCCAAUUGUGUAAACAAUUAGGCGAUGAAGAUUGCGGAGUAUGCAUGGGCAUCAUCGGUCAUGACGAUGACAUCUUUCAUCUUCAUCCGAUCAUUCAAAAAAGGCAGGACGUCGGAUACGAUCCCAUCACACUUGACCACAUCCUCUCCCAUGACUUUGAAGGCCACCUCUCGCGGCGCCAACGCUACUUAAUUGCGCUUCUUGUUGCUUCAUCGGUAGGACAACUCCAAUCUACGACCUGGCUACGGACUGGUCUCUGCAAGGAGGAUAUCAUUUUCUUCUCUUCCAACGACGACAGCCCCAUCAUUCCGUACGGCGAGCCUUUCAUCCGACAGGACUUCCCACACGGUCGCAAUCACCUCUCCUCCACUGACUCAUCCGCGAACGACUGCAACUUUUACUCCCUCGGCAUACUUCUUCUAGAACUCUGCUUUGGUUGCCGGUUGGAAGACCAUCACCUACGCAAGAAGCACCCAUCAAUCACCGAUGCCGCAACCAAACAUGCCUUCGACGUAAUGGCUGCGUUAAAGUGGUCCAGCAGCGUGAGCGGCGAAGGCGGAGACGAUUAUGCGACAGCUGUCAAGUGGUGCUUCAUGGGCGUAACAGACAGAGAAAAGAAUUGGAGAGACGAAAUUGUCGCGAAUGUGGUGCGGCCGUUGGAAAAAUGUAUGCAGCACUUCCAGACUGCGGCUGUCGUUCGAUGA